UCGUGGUAUCUGGUUGUAACGCCGUCACGCUGUAACGGUAUAACGUAUAAAUGUGUUACACUAGUGCUACAAAUCAUUUCGACCGGGCCAUCGGGAUAUAUGAUGGUACCCAUUAAAUCCGUGACAUAUUUCUUAAUGAACCAAAUUAGUACUUUUAUGCCGGUAGGAGGUGUUAUACGUGUUGGAAGUAACUGGCCUUGGAUUAUGCUCGCAAAGGCGCUGGAGUUGAUGGUUAUUUUCUUGGCCGAAUUCAGCUAUGCAAAGGAACACAACUACUAUGCCAUGGAUAACACAAAAGACUGUAGUGUAUUUAUGCACGAGGAGGACGGUGCAACCAUCAAAGGAAAGGGCACAGGGAUAUCCCACCUGAACCGAUGUGAACUCCGUUUCGAUGCAGAUGUUAACUUCCAUAGAGGAAGGAAAUUCCAAUUCCAGUUCAAAAGUGCCGAUUUUGAUGACUGUGACGUAGAGUUGAAAGUUUAUAAUGGAUAUAGCGAUAGAGCAGGUUUAUUGGAUCGAAUCAACUGUGAUCGCUCCAAUCCUCAGGGUAUUCUCUACAAGAGCAAUGAACGCUUUCUCAUGUUCCAACUUCAGUCACUCAGUGAUAAUAAAACAUUAGGAUUAGCAAAGUACCAGUUUGAGAUUGUCAUUACCGGAUUCAGUUCACCCGGAGGUAAGUCUAGCCACUGUGCCAGCUUCCUGUGCCAAAAUCUGCUGUGUAUUAGCGACGACCUCGAGUGUGACAAGAUAGAUCACUGCUUUGACGAGACGGACGAAUACGACUGCGAUGAGCUUGUCCUCAGCAAACCGGCCACCAUUUCCAUAUCCGUUGGGUGUACCGUCUUUGUCUUGGUUGUGCUAAGCAGCUCGGCCGGUGCCUGCUACCGACGCCGACAAGCCAAGCUCGAUGCCAAGAGGGGAUACGGCGUCCCUGGAAUCACAUACACUAUAGAAGACGACGCAAUGACGUCAUCACAAUUCGGGUCACAAUAUGAGGAUAGUAAUUACGACAGCGAAAUUGAAGAGCAAACAACGAAAUCCUGAUGCAAACAUUCCGCCAUUGUGACCUACGCAGACUGCCCAACAUUUUGGGGUUAUCCCGUUCAUCCGAAGGUUCAUCACACCGAGAGUCCGAAAGCCCGUAUGUUUGGCUUGAAAGUGUUCAAGGCCGAAGACAAGAAGACUAAGGGUUGUGACUACUGCUUCAUCAACCAUAACUAAAGUGAAUUUCGCACGAGCAAUACAAAGCCCCUCCAUUUCCACGCGCCGACCUCACAGUCGGUCAAAAGCGGCGCUGAUCGUGCGAAAUCCACUUUUACAAUUUCCCGACUUUUUCGACGUACCACGGUGCAUUAAUGAAACAGUUCGUUAACUGCAUAUAGCCUUUGCUCUGUGACACCCCAAGAUUCUUAAACAUCCAAGGGCCGGGUGUCAGUAAAACCACAGCCCUGAGGUUUUUGAUGUAAGAUCAUACGAGAAUGGUGAUUGGCGGUAACAUAAGAGGACGGGUAUGAAUACAUGUGGCUUAAGCCGGUACAUUGAUUUAUUUCAUGGCGUUCCACCUUCCCGGAGAACAAUGGAUCGAUGAAGGAGACCCCAAAAGGCCAUUCUCCAUUCACAAUACGAAUACAAAGGAUUAAUAUACCUUAUAAAUAAAGGCAAUACGGUAGCAAAAAACCAAGUUCAUUGAAAUUCGGGAUGUUCUCUUCAAACCAGCACCUCCCACUAUCCAAUAAUGUCUGCGAGAAACAAUGGCGGAAAUGUACGAAGCCUACUUUCUAAUCAAGAAGUCUGCCAUAGUGCCUUUUAUCAUUAUCUGAUUAUUUUCAAUCAGAAGUGUACAUUGGCACAGGAUACUGUAGUGUUCUAUGUAAUAGUACGAUGUUCGUGGUUGAUAGGCUUUUUGUUUCAGAAAAACCUGCAUAUUGUACCCAUACUCUUCUAUCCGUUUUGGUUACUAUAGUUCAAAAGUAACUUUAUCGUACAAAUAGUCCCUAGCUUAAUUAGAACUUGAAUGCGUGGCUUUGGUUGGUUUUCAUUGGAUGGAACGCUGAAGCUGCACCUUUCAUUACUGGUGGAUUCCGUUUGGUUCCAACAAUUGUAUUAUUUUCCUAUAGUGACAUAAAAGACUUCAUAUGAUGCAUGUAUCAAAUUAGAAUUCCACGUCAACUACAAGGAGGCCAACUUAUUAGAAUCCGUACAGCAAAGCUGUACUCUGGUAGUUGCAUGCAUCAUGCUACUCAUUACAUUCUUAAUAGAAUGAAGUUCAUCAUCACUCUGGGUCAUCACUGUUAGAAAAGACAAUACUUCGAUUUUAUGCGACUUUGUAAUAAUACAAUAAUAUUGUAUAUCUUGUAAUUUGUAUAUACUAAGUAAAUAUAUAUCUCGUUGAUUAUUUGUUAAGUAAAUAUAUAUACCAUUGAUUAUGUACUCUCUUAUUUCCAUAUUCUGAUGAUUAUUCAAAUAAUGAAAUGUAAAUUUCC